AUGGGGGAGGAUGUGGGAAACGUCUAUCAACUGCUCAUAGUUCUCCGGCAGGGACUGGGGGAGAAUCCGGAUCUUUCCAGAGGCCCGACGGCCCGAGUGCACAGCGGGGCCCGGGCUCUCCCCGCGGCGCCACCGCUCGCCGCUCGACGACCCGGGGCCGGCUCCCAGCCCCCCGCGCCGGCGUCCCGGCCCGGCCUGCGCGCCCCUGAGCUCGGGCGACGCGGACACCGCGGCUCCGCCGCCGCCACUCCCCCACAUUCCAGAGGCCGCAGCGCCGUCUCCUUCCUCCGGCGGCUGGAGGCGCUGACCCGGGAGCUGGAGCGGGCGCUGGAGGCGCGCACGGCGCGCGACUACUUCGGCAUUUGCAUCAAGUGUGGGCUUGGCAUCUACGGAGCAAGGCAGGCGUGCCAGGCAAUGGGGAGCCUGUAUCACACCGACUGCUUCACCUGCGACUCCUGUGGGAGACGACUUCGAGGGAAGGCGUUCUACAAUGUGGGUGAGAAAGUGUACUGCCAGGAGGACUUCCUGUACUCCGGGUUCCAGCAAACGGCUGACAAGUGUAGCGUGUGUGGACACCUCAUCAUGGAGAUGAUCUUGCAGGCUCUCGGGAAGUCCUACCACCCAGGCUGCUUCCGGUGCUCCGUGUGCAAUGAGUGCCUGGACGGGGUGCCCUUCACUGUGGAUGUGGAGAACAACAUCUACUGUGUCAGAGACUAUCACACGGUUUUUGCACCAAAAUGUGCCUCCUGUGCCCGUCCUAUCCUCCCUGCACAGGGGUGUGAGACGACUAUCCGUGUGGUGUCCAUGGACAGAGACUACCACGUGGAGUGUUAUCACUGUGAGGACUGCGGGCUGCAGCUGAGCGGGGAGGAUGGACGCCGCUGCUACCCCCUGGAGGGCCACCUGCUCUGCCGACGCUGCCACCUGCGGCGCCUCCGGCCGGGCCCCCUUCCCUCACCUGCCGUGCAUGUCACUGAGCUCUGAGCAGGGCCAGGAGCCCGACACUGGUGUGUGUGUGUGUGCG